CUCUCUCUCUCCCUCCCUCUCUGUCUCUCUCUCUCUCUCUCCUCUCCUCUCCUUCACUCCUUCAGCAGUAACCUUGCCCGCUGGGGUAUAUAGGGGAGGAAAGUCCGAGCAGCGUCACUCACAACCAGCCAACCACAGCCACCACCAGUCUCCACCACUACCACCACCACCACCACCACCAUGAAGCUUGCCAUCGUCCUCUGCCUCGCCGCCCUGGUCGCCGCCGAGAAGCUCCCAGCAGCCGCCCCUCCCCCCCCAGUGGCCAUUCUCCUUCAGCAGCAGGUCAACCCCGAUACAUUCGGUGCCCACAGCUCCAACUUCGAGUCAGAGGAUGGCAUCAAGGUCUCCCAGUCUGGCAAUGAGAGCCCAACUGGCGGCUCUAACAUGGCUGGCUCCUUCAGCUUCCCGCUUAACGGAGAGGUGGUCGUCGUUAACUACGUGGCUGAUGAGGGUGGCUUCAAGCCCGAUUCCGUCCUGCUGCCCGUGGCCCCCCAGCCCCUGCACCCCAUGCCCCAGCACGCCAUUGACCAGAUCGAGAAGGCGAGGCUCGAGGAUGAGGCCAAGGCACGCGAGGAAGCCGCCGCCGCCCCUGCCGCCCCCGCCAGGAAGUAGGCACCCUGCAUCACCAGUUUGACUUUAUUUAUUUCACACAAGUCUUUCCCGAUAUUUAUUAAUGUAUUUAAAUAAAGCAUACCAAAA